AUGCCUUAUUUUGUACAUGCAGGGUUCUUGACGGAUGACCUUGUGUCAGCAGAGGAUAAUGGAAGUCAGAAAAAGUAUCUAGGAGUCUGUCGCCUACCAGGGGAAAACCAGAAACAUCGUAGAAUUGAUAUCAUUGUUGUGCCAUAUGACGAGUACGCAUGCGCCUUGGUAUACUUCACGGGAUCAGCUCAUUUAAACAGAUCCUUAAGGUUAUUGGCAAAGAAAUCAGGGAUGUCCCUGUCUGAACAUUCCCUUAACACCGGAGUCAUCAGAAAGGGCAAUGAAAAAGUGUUUGAGGGGACGCCUCUCCCCACCCCUACAGAGGAGUCGGUGUUCAGACACCUAGGGGUUCCCUACAGACCCCCGGAGGAACGAGACCAUUAAAAGAACAAGGAGCGGAUCUUAAAAUUUGUA